GCUGCUGUCGUUCAUUUCGAUCCCUCCCUGGAGACCUCGAGCAAGAGACCCGGGCGGAGUAAUGGCGCUCUCGAAGACCGUCUCCUUCUCCUGCCGACUCAAACUCUACUCCUUCCCUUCCUACUUUGCCACGGCCUCUCGCCUGCGCUUCUUGUCCUUUGCCACGGCGGAGGAUGCCGCCGCCGAGCGCCGCCGCCGCAAGCGCCGCCUGCGGAUUGAGCCGCCGCUCUCCUCUCUCCGCAACCAGCGUCAGCCCCCGUCAUCGGCUCCUCCCCGAGGGCCCAGGACCGCGCCCAACCCCAACGCCCCCAAGCUGCCGGAGCCCGUUUCCGCGCUCGUCGCCAAACGCCUCGACCUCCACAACCGCAUCCUCAAGCUCGUCCGCGAGAACGACCUUGACGAGGCCGCGCUCUUCACCCGCCACUCCAUCUACUCCAACUGCCGCCCCACCAUCUUCACCGUCAACGCGGUCCUCAACGCCCUCAUCCGCCAGUGCCGCUAUGCCGAUUUCCUCUCCCUCCACCGGUUCAUCACCCAGGCCAGCGUCGCCCCCAACAUCAUCACAGUAAAUCUCCUCCUUCAGGCCUACUGCGAUUGCCGCAAGACCGACAUCGCCCUUGAGCACUUCCGGCUUCUCCUCAAGGACGACGCCCCGUUUCCUCCCUCUGCCACCACGUACCGAAUCCUCGCCAAGGGUCUUGUCGACAAUGGCAAGAUUGAGCAAGCAGUUGAGCUCAAAGAAGACAUGCUCGCCAAGGCCUUUGUUGCCCCGGACCCCGUUGUCUACAACCACAUCAUGCAGGGCUUCCUCAAAAAGGGGGACCCCGACACAGUUGUCUCCCUCUUCGAGGAGCUGCAGGAGAAGCUCGGUGGUGGCAAGGUCCUUGAUGGAAUCGUCUAUGGAAACCUCAUGAAAGGUUACUUUGGAAAGGGGCUGGAGGAGCAGGCAAUGGAGAUAUACCGGGACGUCCUUGGUGAAGGCUCAAAGGUUCGGCUUGAGGCAGUGAGCUACAAUUUGGUGCUGGAUGCGCUUGGAAGAAACGGGAAGCUUGAGGAGGCCCUCAACCUGUUCGAUAGAAUGCUGAAGGAGCACAAUCCACCGAGGAGGAUCACAGUCAAUUUGGGCACCUUCAAUGUGAUGGUUGAUGCUUAUUGCAUAGCCGGAAGGUUUCAAGAUGCGAUCACAGUGUUUGGGCAAAUGAGCGAGCAGAAAUGUGUCCCAGAUACACUGUCUUACAACAAUUUGAUCGAUCAGCUGGGAAGCAACAGGUUUGUUGCUGAGGCAGAGGUGUUAUACAAAGAAAUGAGUGAGCGUGGGAUCAGUCCAGACGAAUACACCUAUGUGCUACUGGUGGAAGCAUGUUUUGGGAUGGAUAGGGUGGACGAUGCCACUGGGUACUUCCAAAAGAUGGUGGAGUUGGGGCUAAGGCCAAAUGCCACUGCAUACAACAAAGUCAUCGGCGGCUUGGUGAAUGUGGCACAUCUUGAUGAGGCCAAGAAGUUCUUCGACCAGAUGUUGGAGAAGGAGGUCAAACCUAAUGUUUCUAGCUAUGAACUAUUACUGAAAGGGUUCAUUGAUGCUGGGCGAUUGGAUGAUGGGCUGAAGACACUCAAGGAUUUGCUGCUCGAUGAUGGAGUAACACUGAGUGAAGAAAUGAAGGGGCUUGUGGAGGAGGCCUUAAAGAAAGAAGGGAGAGAGGAGGAGAUGGGAAAACUGUUGGAGGACGUCGAAAGGGAGAAGGCGGAACGGUUGGCACGGGAGGCAGAAGAGAAAGCAAGAGCUGAGGCCCUUGCAAGGGAGGAAGAAGAGAAUAAGAAGAAGGAGGCUGCCGAGAAAGAAGCAGCUGCAGCUAAAGCUAGUGCUGCAGCUAUCGAAGCGAUAUUGGGGCGAAAAAAGGAUGAGCAAGCCAGUGAAUCAUCUGCAGAUUCUAAAUCUGCCAAUGCAGUGAUUGAAGGGGAAAUUCUAGAUGGUGGCUUGAAUGAGGAAGAGAAGCUAAUAGCUGCACAUGAUUCCCAACAAACCCUUUGAUGAUUCACAACAAGCAAGUUCUGCUUACAUGGUAUGAACACCUUUCUCCAUGCCGUAUUUGGCAACUGCUAUUUUACCAUGCUCCAUUUGUCUAGUGUGCUACAACUAAUUCCAAGGUUUACUGGUGUUUCACUUGCUAUUUUGACUGCCAAGACCUUCAAACUCUUGCAGAUAAAUUAUUUGGCAUGCCUCUUACAGUCUAGUUUUUAUGUUUUAGCAUUCUGCUUUGUCAUUGUAUUAUGCCUGAUAUCUACAGAAGAAAAUGAUGGGGGAGAGUUUGUGACAUUAAGUUUCUAUCUGCUUCAUACUGUGGUAACUAUUUGAUUCCAAGGUCUAUUUCUCCA